AUGCGUUAUCUGUCGGAAGAUCAGACCAAACUAUCCCAGUCUCUGUCCGGCCCGACGGCUUCCAGAACGGUCGCUCAGGCGAUCGCCACAGCCUCACAAGCGCGUGCCGCAGCCGGUGUCUUGGCCGGACGUCUCGCUCGCAUGUUGCACCGGGACGAACAGCUCACCACGGGCGGUGUUCCACAGUGGAUGCUGUUGCUUCACACUGUAUACAAAGAAGAGGAGGAGGAUGAGGUCAACAUCGCGGAGGAACCAAUGGUUGACAGUGAGGAGGACGAAGACGAGAAUGUUGUUAAAAUGGAGGAAGCCGAUGAGGACGACGCUGAGCAUAAAAAGCCUGAUGAGCAAUCGGUUUCGGAACAGGACGUUGAAGAGAAAGACCACACUGACAAGAAAUCCCAUGAGAAGGCAGAAGAGGAUGUGAGCAGUUCAAAAGCCGAUUUGAGUAAGCCUAAGGAAGAUGGAGCCAGCGACUCAGAUGUCAGUCUGGAUGAAGAUGAGGAUCAGGCCGGUGAUGAAAUGGAACAAGAUGAUCUCAGUGCCGCAGGCUCUCCCCCUGUGCUUGUUGUACCGCGCAGUGGUGAAAAGCGCUCGAUACAUUCACAGAAACAAGACUCGCAAACUGAAGAGUCCGAGCGACCAAAGAGGCCUCGAGUGGACAGUGAACAAGAUAAGGAACCAGAGGACCGCGAUGAAGCGAAAGAGUACCAGGCUGCCGAAGAGGCUCGAAUCAAGCGGGAGAAGGAGUUGGCUGCUCAGGAAGAGGAACGCAUCCGCACAUUGCUAGAUAGGCGUCAAAGAUUGGUUAUCAUUAGCCCACCAGAACCAGAAACACUGACCGAUGAUGAUCGUCGCAAUGAACGUCUGUACGCCCAACUUUUGGAUAUUGUUUAUCAACGGCGUCCGGUUGAUAUUGAAGGAUUUGUGGAGAUGUGCAACUUUGCCACGGUCGAUUCCAUUCUUCCUGCAGCAGUAAAAAUGGCUUUCAGUCAACGAAAAAUGCAAUUCCUUGAAGAAUUCGAUAAGGAUGUUUGCAGAUUGAGUGUGGCGUACGAUGAGUAUGUCGGUUUGUGCGAGGCGGUGAAUAACGGUUUACAGGCGGCAGCUGCAGCUCGUGGAGCAAGUCGCAUGGCUCCAGGCUAUCCGCUUCCUGACCUGUUGAAUAUGCCCACUGCGUCGGUUAGGUUGCAUGCGGUUGCCGCUUCCUCUGCCAGUGGGACCGGGGAAAGUCUGGUCUCGGCUGGUCCAGUUGCGCGCAAUCGUGUACUGAAUACUGAUCAGGCUGUGUUGGAAGCGGCUGCUUUGGUUGGAACUCCCGCGCCAGAUCCGUCCACUUCGGCUGGCUACUAUACUGCCGGUGGCUAUGAGCCAUUAGCUGCAGCUUUGGGCAAUACCGGUGGGCUUCCUCCCCCUGUUCCGACAAACAUUCCCAUGAUGGCUCCUGGGAUCGGAUUGGUUCCCGGUGCUGCUGGAUUAACUGAUCCGAAUUUGGCUGGUGCCGCCUGGGCUACCGCGGCUACCGCGGAUCCCUAUGCGAGCUACUAUUAUGGAGCUGCGGCCGGUGCCACCGGAGACUACACACAUGUUGCCGCUGCUGCGGCCGCUGCGGCUGCUGCAGCUGCUUCAAGCACAAAUGCCGCCGUCAACAUCCCCGUAUCUAACGCGGUUUAG